AUGGAGAUUAAGAUUACUUUGCUAAUCAUCGUUAAUUUUAGUUUAAUCUUAAUCCCAGUUGCUAAAUCUCAAUUGCAAUCAGGGUUUUACUCUUCUACGUGUCCCAAAGCUGAAGCUACUGUGAGGUCUACUGUUGAAACACACUUCAAGAAUGAUCCUACUGUUGCUGCUGCACUUCUCAGGCUCCAUUUUCAUGAUUGCUUUGUUGAGGGUUGUGAUGGGUCAAUCUUGAUUAAGGGUGGUUCUGCUGAGAUUAAUGCAGUUCCUAAUCUUGGAUUAAGAGGAUUUGAAGUCAUUGACGAUGCUAAGUCACAAUUGGAAUCUUUGUGCCCCGGUGUCGUUUCUUGUGCAGAUAUCUUGGCCUUGGCUGCUCGCGACUCAGUCGAUUUGAGUAGUGGUCCAAAUUGGGUAGUGCCGACAGGAAGACGUGAUGGUAGAGUCUCGUUGGCUUCUAAAGCAUCAAACUUACCAUCACCGUUAGAUUCCAUUGACGCCCAAAGGCAAAAAUUUGCGGCUAAAGGCCUUGAUGAUCGUGAUUUGGUGACAUUAGCCGGUGCACAUACGAUUGGCCAAACGGAUUGCAGAUUCUUUAGAUACCGUUUAUACAACUUCACGACAACCGGGAACUCGGAUCCAACUUUGAGCCAAUCGACUCUAACCGAUUUUCAGAAGCAAUGUCCAAGGAGCAGUGAUGGCACGGAGCGAGUGGCAUUGGACAAGGACAGCCAGUUGAAGUUUGACGUGAACUAUUUCAAGAAUGUGCGCGAUGGGAAUGGUGUUUUGGAGUCCGAUCAAAGGUUGUGGGGCGAUCCCACGACACGUGACAUAGUACAAAAAAAAACUCAUAAAUUCAAGAAAAAUAAAAUGGAGAGUGCCCUCUUGUUGGCGCCCAAAUUAGUUUCCAAUCCAAGCAGAGAAUUUCGCAGCAAUGUGAGGCAAUUUCAGAGCUCAUUUUGUGGCAAAUCGAUAGCUACUGUUGAAUUUACGAGAACUGAUGCAUAUACCAACCAUAAAAGCAUCGCUAAGAUCACUUCGUUGUUUUCACUUGGGAAGAAGAAGGUGAAGACAAUCAAGAGAGAGACUGUUAUCCCAGAUCCAGAUUAUAGAAUACCGAUUGUUCUUCUUGGUUUUGCUGGUGGUUUAGUGUAUGGAGAUAAUCUAUUAGCAGCUGCUCCUGUUGGUCUACUUGGCUUACUUCUACUCUUUCAGACGACUAGAGUGAGGUUUGUCUUCGAUGAUGAAGCUCUGGAAGUGAAAGUGGGAGAAGAGCUGGAUGAAUCGGGUGAAAAUGUCUUUGUUGGUGGCAAAAACCGUUGGAAAUACUCAUCAUUUGUAAACUGGGAGCUUUGGUGGCCAAAUUUCCCGAUUUUGGUUUACUUCAAAGAAACACAAACAAAGCCUGAAGGACAAAUCCACUUUUUCCCAGUGAUUUUUAAUGGGAAACAGUUAUACGAUGUUAUGGUGGAACGAGCGGGCCCUUCAAAGACUAGUGGCCCAAAUUAGUAACAUACUUAGAUUUAUUUGUUUACUAUACCAUCAUGUUUUCAUUUUUCUUUUAUUAUAGUAUUGUACUAUCAGUCUUUUCCUUAUUAAGGCAUUGUACUUUGAAAAAGUCUAUGCAAUUAUAGUAUUGUACUUUCAGUU